AUGAAUAAUCAAAAUAAUAAUAGAGCUCAGGUUAGAUUAAAUUCAUUAUUAAAAACACUUUCAACUUCAACUAAAUUCACUCCAAAACCAAUCGAAUCAGCACCAGAACAAAAGCAACAAACAUCACCAAUUCUAUUAGGUCAUUUAACGAUUUCUGAUAUCUCAUUACCAAUCUGGUCAUCACCAACAUCGAAACAACCACCAAGUCGUUUACCAUCACCUCUACCAACUUCACUUAUUUCGAAUCCGUUCACGUUAUCUCAUUUAAGAUGGAUAUCACAAAAAGUUUUAUUAUCUCAAGACAUUUGUUUAAUUUCACCUACUGCUUCUUGUCCAUUUACUCGUAAAUUGGUUUUAGGUUUUUGUGAGUUGGCUAAACGUGAAUAUGAAUAUAUUGGGAUUCAUAGAGAUUUAAGUGAAAACGAAUUAAAACAAUCUAGAGAAAUUUCGGCGUCUAUUUCUGGUUCGGAUGAUAAAAAAUCAGAACUUCAGUUUAUUGAUUCGGCUACUGUUAGGUCUGUUAAAUUGGGUAGGAUUCUGAUUCUUGAUGGACUGGAAAAAGCUGAACGUGGAAUCUUGCCACUGUUGAAUAAUUUAUUGGAGAAUCGAGAAAUGAACCUGUUUGUUAAAUCACAAUAUCUCAAAAAACUCACUGAAAAGGAUGGUACCCACAUUAUUCAUCCCGAUCGUUACGAGUCUUUAUCCCGCGAAGGAUCGCUCCCAUCCAACUUUAUCUCCGCCUCUCGAUCUUUUCAAGUGAUUUGUAUCAGUCUACCAGUUCCGCCUUUCACAGGUUAUCCUCUAGAUCCUCCCUUUCGUUCACGUUUUCAAGCUCGGUAUAUUGAUUCCUUAGGAGCAUCUCUAGCUCUUGCGUCUCCAUUUUCACCUCAACCUCUUUGGAUUAAAUUUAAAGAAGUAGUUAUGACUAUUCAACUUUCAAAUGAAGCUAGAUCAUCUUCUCUUGCUCUUGCUUCAAGUCCUGCUACUUUACCUAAUUUUCCGAUUCCUAGUUUGUCAAGACUCAAAACUCUAUUGGAAAACUUUCCAGUUUCGGAUUCGAUUCCUUCUCAAGAACUUUCAAAUUUAGCCAGAUUACUUCAUCCAAGGCUUUCAUUUCUUUCUUCUGAUGCUUGGAAUUUACUUAAUCAACAUUUUGAAAAAGCUGGACUUGGUACUUUACAAAGUUCUUUACCUGAAAUCGAUCCUGAUGGUGGUGGAUUAUUUGGUUAUAAACUUGUGAAAGUGGAACGAAUUAAUUCAUAUCAUGCUCGGGCACAUUUUGAGUCUAGUCGAAAUUAUUCAAAUCAAACAGUUCAAUGUCUUGUGAAAUGUGGAUCAUCACCUCUUAUUCCAAUCAUUGAAGUUAAAUCUAACCUUUCAACUAGCGGGGUAGUGAUCAGUUCAAGAUUUGAUCAUUUGUUUAAUUUAAUGGCUCAAAUUCAUACAAUCAAUCUAGAUUUUACUUUAUUACCUAGACCUACUGAACAAGCUUCAUCAUCUACAAGUUUCUUAAUCCAAACCUUUUCUCAAGUCUUUGGUUAUGGUCCUAAACCAGAAGAAUCUAUUCAUCUUUAUCGUGAGAUGACAGGAAAAGAAUUAGUGAUGAGAAGAACUGUCGAUGAAAGUAAUCAGACGGGUUGGGCUCCUAGUAGGUUAGUAGAAGGUGCUCAGGCUGGAGCUUUGGUCGAAAUUACGGGGAUUGAUUUGAUUGGGUCGAGUGUUGGUACUAUUAGUGGUUUACUUGAUGGUCGAUCUCUUGAGCUAUGGGGUGGUAAAAGAUUAGUACCAUUUGAACAAAAAAUUCAGAACGAGGAUCCAAUGGUUAGUGUUGUUAAUCCUAGCUUUAGGGUGAUUUGUACGGCUACAAAAUCUGGGAUGGGAACCUCUCAUUCAGGAAGAGCACCUGAAUGGAUGACAAAUGAUGAACUUGGAAAUAUAACUAUGAUGAUUGAAAUGAUUGGAUUAAGAUGGGAAGAAGAAGUUGAAUUAACGAAAAACAUCGGAAUUAAUGAAACUCUUUUAAAUAAGCUAUCAGUUUUUGUUAAAGCUUAUAGGGAUUUAUCUAGCCAAGGAGGUAAGUUUAGAAGAUUAGGUACAAGAGGUUUGUUAAGGAUUUGUAAAAGAUUAGGAUGUUUUCCUGAAGAAGAAUGGGAUUUGGGUAGAACGUUGAAAAGAAUACUUUUAGUUGAAUUUUUACCUAAAACUGAACGGAUGGAUUUUGAAAGUUGUUUGGAGUUGGCUGAGAUUAAGAUUGGAGAAGAAUGGGAUUAUUUACCACCUAUUCUUUCUUCUGAUCAACGUUACUUAAUCUUUCCUAGCGCUCAAAAUCUUUUGUUAAGUAGUAAAGAUCAUCAUCAGGAUUUGAGGUUAAAAGAAUGUCAAAUUGAAAGAGAGUCGAAGAAUGAUAAAGAAGAUAAUGGAUUAGUACCUCAAAUGAGUUGGUUUUUUGAAAAUCGUGAACAGAAUGGAUUGAUAAGGGAUAUUGGAAUCGAUUUGAUGUUGAUGGGAAAUCAUUUGGUUCUUUUAGGAAAUCAAGGGGUUGGGAAGAAUAAGAUCAUUGAUCGGUUGUUGAUGUUAUCAGGUAGACCCAGGGAGUAUAUUCAAUUACACCGAGACUCAACGGUCCAGCAGUUAAUGUUUCAGACCAGUGUGGUCGAUGGUACGAUCCAAUACCUGGAUUCACCAUUACUCAGAGCCGUAAGAUAUGGAAGAGUGUUAGUAGUAGAUGAAGCAGAUAAAGCACCAGAACAUGUAACAGGUGCAUUGAAAUCAUUAUCAGAAAGAGGCGAAAUGAGUCUAGGUGAUGGUAGAAGAAUAGUCAAGAAAAAAACUAAAUCGGGAAAAGGAGAAAUUGAAAUUCAUUCGAAAUUCAAAAUGGUUUUACUUGCUAAUCGCCCUGGAUAUCCAUUUUUAGGUCAUCAGUUUUUACAAGUUUUAGGUGAUGGAUUCGGUUGUUAUGGAAUUAAAAAUCCAGAUUUAGAAAGUGAAAUCGAAUUAGUUGAACAAUUAUUAUUGAUGAAUGAUAAUCAAAUGGGAAAUGAAAAAAGUGUGUUUGGUGAAAGUUUAGAAGAACAGAAGGGGUUUGGUAGACGAUUGGUUGGGGUUUUUCAUUUACUUAGAGAAGAUUUUGAGAAUGGAAUGAUUAGUUAUCCGUUUUCUCUUAGAGAUGGAUUAGAAGUUGGGAUGAGAAAUGUAUUUGACUUUGAUAUACAUAGAACAGAUACGAUCGAUAAAGUAAAUGAAGCUCUGAUCAAGAAUGGAUUUAAAGUUCGAAAGCUUGGGAUUGAAAGGAUUAGGGAAUUGGGAGAAGAAAUCAAUAGUGAGGAUCAGAUUCGAGUGGUGAGACAAGUUAAAGUUUUUGGUGAUGAGGUUGGAGGUGGGCAUGAUGAGAACGGAGUAGAAGCAGAGAUUGGAGAAGAAGGUGACGGUGAUGGUGAAUCUUGGGGUGGUGGUGUAGGAAGUUUGGAUUCAUCGGGGAUGAGAGGAGGAAUUGGAUCUAAAAAGAUUUUGAGACGGACAAAUGUAUACGAUCAAAAACCUAAUGGAUCUAGUGAUACUCAAAUCGGAGAGCAAAUUCGCGAGAGAGCAAAAGCUUUAAGUAGAGAAGAAUUGGAAAAGAAGUUGAAAGAUUUGUCAAUGAGGAUUGGAGAAGUGAGUUAUUAUGGUUAUUAUUAUAAACCUAUUGAAGCUCAUAUUCCACUACUUGUGGAUAUCCUCGAGAAUUUAGAAGCUAGAGAGGAAGAAAGGGUUUGGGUGAAGGGACAAAGUGAUGGUGAAUUUGAUGAACAGAGAUUAGUAGAUGGUUUGAUUGGUGAGUCUGCGAUUUAUAAGCGCAGAGUUAAUCAACAACCUGAACCUGGUCGACCACAAUUGAAACCGAAACGGAUCCGGUUUGUUUUUGAUAUCAGUUCCAGUAUGUAUAGAUUCCAAGCUGAUGGAAGAUUAGAUCGAUCUUGUCAAACUGCUAUCAUGAUCAUGGAAAGCUUUAGUAGAUUAAAAAGACCUGAAAGAUAUCAUUGGGAUAUGAUUGGACAUGCUGGUGAUGGACCAGAGAUUGAUUUAGAAUUUGAAGAAGGUGGAAUCCAGUCACAAUGGAAGGUCGUAGAGAAGAUGAGAACUCAGUAUGCUAUUGCAGGAGACCAUACGGUCGAAGCUAUCGAGAAAGCUGUAGACAAGGUCGCGGAGGUUGAAUCAGAUGAAGCAAUUGUGAUUGCAAUCUCAGAUGCGAAUUUUGAUCGAUAUGGAAUUACUUCUCAAGUCUUAAAAGAUGCAAUGAACCGAAAUAGAUCAGUUAAAACUGGAUUGAUUGCAAUUGGUGAAGGUAGUGAAACUGUUUGGUAA